CCGUGCGGACUACUAAUACAGCAUAAUGCCAAAGUUUCUGUUCAUAUUUUUCCUAAGCAUUUUGGCAUACAAGCUGAUAAGGGCCCAUCGAGAUCCGAAUUUGUGCAGUCAGCCCGUUGAAAUUAGCUAUACCGAAGAGGAAUUUACCCCAUUGAAUGAAUAUGGACCAUUCGCGGACUACUUCAAGAAACUGAAGAUCAAUGGGAGUCCAAAAAAAGUGACCAAAAAAAAGACGGAAAUGCAAGAAAUUUGCUGUCCUGGAUACAUAAUGUCCCCCGACGGCAAUGGAGACUGUAAACCCCUGCUGCAAACCAAAACCGCAAGUGCACUCACAACAACCUCGACUGAGGACACUCAUGAAACUGAGACUUCGACGGACUCCACUUCUUGGAGCACCUGGGACGACUCCACUUCCUCGAGCACCUGGGACGACUCCUCAACGGAGUUGCUUACAACUACGGCGAAACUCCUUACAACCACUACGGAAAAACCAGCUGAAUUCGAAUUUCCUGAACAUGCUGAAUAUGUUUUUUGUUCCAUUUUCAUCAUUGUGCUAGUUCUAUGCCUCGUUUCCUACAAGCGGAAGCAAAGGAAGUACCCAGUGCAACAGGAAAAUCAUCACGUGAAAUUCGAUGCCGAAGCGCACAGAUCUCUUAUAUAGUCUGCCCUUUACCUAUACUUACACAUACUUAUAUAGACUUAUACAUAUGUAUAUAUGUAUGUAUAGAAUAACCAGGAAUUUUUAUUAUAAACCCGAAAGGGAGAAAGAGAAUCAAAUGUGCAAACGAAAUUAAAAUAUGAACUCGAAUUACUCAUUCAAA